AUGCCGGGGCUGUCACAACGGCCAUGGCCGAUCCAAAACAUUCAGGAUGAGGCCAUCUCUGAGCGACCGCGGAUAGAGCUUCACCCGCAGGAUCAUGUGUACCGGGAGCCGGCGACUCAAUAUUUGGAUUGGCGUGUGACCUCGGAAUUUCGCAGACCAGAUGGUGUAUCGAAGCGGGUCUAUCUCAUCAACGGCCUGUUCCCUGGACCGACGGUGGAGGUCCGCUCUGGUGACACCUUGAUUAUCACUGUUACCAAUGCCUUAUCGGAUGAUUUGAUUGCUAUUCAUUGGCACGGCCUUCAUGUGGCAAAUGCCAUGGAUGGUGCAGCGGGUAUCUCACAAUGUGCCGUAAAUCCUGGAGGACAGUUUGUCUACAACUUGACGAUUCCAUCCGAUCAGAGUGGUACUUUCUGGUACCAUGCCCAUUCGGGGGUUUCACGGGGGGAUGGCCUUUAUGGUGGGCUAGUCGUCCAUGCACCAGCUUCCAAAUCGACCGUUCGGGGCUUACUACCCCAGAGGGAUGAUAAUCCCCUCCGUUAUACUUAUGAUAGAGAACUUUUGCUUCUCAUUGGGGACUGGUACCAUCGCCCUGCGGGUGAUGUUCUUGAAUGGUAUAUGGACCCGGGGAAUUUUGGAAACGAGCCUGUUCCUGAUUCCAUGCUCAUUAAUGGGGCAGGAUAUUUUGACUGCACGAUGGCGGUCCCUGCUAGGCCAGUGGACUGCAUCGAUCAGCAGGUGAAUACUUCAUUUAUCGACCUCGACCCCAACGCGACAUAUCGAAUUCGCGUGGUCAACACUGGAGCUCUAGCUGGACUGAGUCUCAUUUUCGACAACCAUCUCCUGGAUCUGCUUCAGGUUGAUAGUGUAGAUGUGGCACGCUCCAACAAGACAAAUAGAAAUUCCAUCGGCACACUUUUCCCUGGACAACGCAUGGACUUUGUUCUUCAGCCAUUGUUACCGAUCUCUGAAAAGCAGUCACACAUGAGGGUUCGGUUAGAUCAAGAUUCCUUCAAUUAUGCCAACCCGGCAUUGACGCCAGAUCAAACCUUCCCCAUCAACUACCGUUCCGAUGCCGUCGAGGGACCCCCAAUCGAGGCCCACCAUCUCAACAUCGGAGAAGCGCCUUCUGCGCCCUCUAUUCUCAGUUCCAUCCCCCCCACUGCGCAACAAACACACGUGGUGUACACCAAGAUCCAGAAAAUGGCCCGAUAUUCUAAUAAGCCAUUCGGUUACUUCAAUCAAACUACCUGGAAACCCCAGCAAGACCCACCUAUCCCACUGGCCUCAAUACCACGAACCAGAUGGGACGCAAACCAAUUCGCAAUAACCACGGGGCCGGAGCCUACAUGGAUAGACCUAGUAGUCAACAAUCUAGACGAUGGGUCCCACCCUUUCCACAUGCACGGACACCACUUCUACGUACUGGCAGUGCACCAAGCCGAAUUUGGCUGGGGCUCCUACAAUCCCUUCAUUGACAAAAUCCCACCCCACCUAGAACCUGACUUAGGUAAGUUGAGAAAUAGCACAGAUGACGCCCGGAACCCCAACACUGGUUAUAAUUCCGGUCUGUACGACACCUCCCGGGCUGCUUUCCGUGACACAGUCCAGAUCCCAAGUCGCGGCUAUGCUGUUCUCCGUUUCCGGGCAGAUAACCCUGGUGUUUGGCUGUUUCAUUGUCAUAUGCUCUGGCAUUCGGCCACGGGUAUGGUCAUGUUGAUCGAUGUGCAGGGGGACCCGGCGGGAUUAGCUGCGCACGCUGGCAGCGGAGGAUUAUGUCCUGCUUCUUAA